AUGGAAGUCGAGAAGAUUUCCGUGUCGGGUGUUACUGUAGAGGUGGAGAGCACCUUCGUCCCAUUCAUCAAGGGCGUUCUCGACUUGGCGUCGCCCUUCAGCUUCGUCGAGCUCGAUGCUGGUCGCGUCGUCCAUCUCGUCGAGCCAGCUCUCGUCGUCGGGAAGGGCAACACUGUCUUCUCUACCUAG